AUGGGUGUUCCUCCAGCUCAAACUCAAUCUUCGACCCCUCCUGAUCACCUCUAUCCUCAAGCCCUUCAACUUAAACUCUACCAGGCAUUCAUAUUUUCGAUUCCUAUUCUCUUUUCAAUAAUUCUCUUUCUGUUGUUUUACUUGUUUUACUUGAAGAGAAGAGCUUCCAAUCUCUCAAUCCCUCGCCCAAUUCUUCCAACCAGUUUGAAUCAACCAACUCCAUAUCUCUCCUCACCUUGUCAACCGAUCAGUCUGAAAAAGGAGGUCACAGAUAAGCUGCCAACAGUCUUAUUUGAUGAAGAAUUAAGGACAAAGGAUACGCAAUGUAGCGUUUGCUUGGGUGAAUUUGAGAUGAAAGAGGAGCUGCUACAAGUUCCAUCUUGCAAACACGUGUUUCAUGUUGAAUGCAUGCAUCGUUGGCUACACUCAAACUCAACUUGUCCACUUUGUAGAUGUUGUGUUAGUCCAUUCCCAGCGAUCCUCAGCGAGCCACCGCCGCCAUCUUAGCAGCAACUGCAGUUGCAUCAACACAAUAGCUAGCUGCUUCGUCUAUUCAAGAAUCAUAUCCAACUGAAAAACUAUGAGCAAAAUUAAGCUUAUAUUCACCGGAUAAUAAGAAGGACACGUACAAGAACAUAGCAAAAGUGUGUAUAAUAUAUAUUGAUAUAACCAAUUCAAUUCCUGAUGGGUUGCAUAUGCAAAUCUUUAAUCCUUGCCCAAAUGGGUAGCAAAUGCAAGAUGUAAAAAAAUUAUAACCGUAUUAGAGUUGAGUGUGUAACCUCACAUACUUUAUUGUUUUCUUCAUUUAUCUUUUAGGGAAAGGUGGUAAAAUUUAUGGUUGUUAGCUUUUUUUUUAGAUUAAUGUUCGAUGUUGAAUUUCAUCACCAUACAUUAGAUUCGAAUGUCAUAUGAUUAAUUUGCUUAUGUUUCAAAUUUAGUCUAUGGCAGUUGAUUUUGUUGCCAAUGGCACUCUACUACCAUGUUUUGAA